AUGCCCAGGUACUACAUAAGCGAUGUGGUGACUUUGACACCAUACGAAGAUAUCAACAAAACCGUCAUGGCCAACCUCGACCCAACAGCACUCUUUCAUAACAUCAGCAACUAUGACUUGUUCGUGUGGAUGCACUAUUAUGCUGCACGAGACACAAUUACCCCACUUAACAUGACACGGGCAGAUAUUGAGUUUGCUUAUGACGGGCAGGGGUUUCCCACGUGGCAUCGACUGUACAUGUUGGCUUGGGAAAGAACCUUGCAGGAUAUUAGUAACAAUGAAAACUUUGCCAAUCCUUUUUGGGACUGGACCAGAAGUAAAACACAAUGUGAUCCCGCUAUUUGUUAGAUAGAUAGAUAAUUUAUUAAAACAAGUACAUGGGCAGUCUGAGGCUGAAUUGCGUAUUUACAAAUAAAACUAAGCUAAAAAUAUAAUAAUUUACAAUAUAUCAAUAUUAAAAUUUCAUGCAUAUAUAAUAUAUAAAAGCAUUGAAACCGAAUCAUUUAAUAGUACUUUAAAAACGAUGACAAAACAAAAUUAAUUGUUCUUAAAAUGGUCUGUCUACCACUUUGGAAGUGCUCAGUGUCGCUGAUGUCUUAGUGAAUAUGGAGCUUUAUUGGCUUCAGUUAAUUACUUGUCAAAUUUGUUAUCCUUGUUGCCGAGGGCAGCGUUAAAAACCUUGUCCUGUCCCGAUUUGAAAUAAUGGUUGGAAUUUCAGUUUCAUGAUUGACAAUGCCCUUUAUUGGACCCGCUGCAGCUCAUACCGUAAAUACUUGGGCAGAGCAUAGAAGAAUACAAGCGAUUCAUAAACUAGGAUUGAUCAUUUUUAUAUUUUAAAAGAGGA